CCUAAUGGCCGUUCAUUUUGGUACAAGAUGGGAAGAAAAGGCUUGCGCUGUUUUGUUCAAUGCACUCGCGCCCCCGUGGAAUUUUCGUCUCCGCCUGUGCACCGUGGACUGCUCUCGCGUUGACUUAGGAAGAGGCGUUUGGCGUGGCGUUGGACUAAUUUGUGGUCUAGUGUGAAUUUUUCGUGUGCGUGAAUUUUUUUUUUUAGUUCAGUGAACAUUCGGGUCGACGCCUGCGCCUUUUUGCGCCCUUGGCCCUUCAGCAAGAAGUAAUCUGCCGUUGUGUCCUACUGUGCGAUUUUUUAUUUUUUUUACAGUGAACACGCUUGGCUUUUAAGUAUAUUUGUGGCCGCCGGUGUCCUGAGCCCUCGCGUUGUCGCUCGACGCGAUCGCCUUUGUGGUGAACUACUCGCCCCCCCCCCCCCUUUUUUUUUUAAUUUAGCGGCGCGGAAAUGCUCUGGUGACCUCGCGUUUCAAGACGUGAUCGCCGCGAUAGCAGUGUGUUGUACGGCUAUGGCCAGUAAAAGCAGUGCAUGUGAGACAUCGGCGCACAGCGCGAUCGAAUGCGUCAGAGACAAUGAGAGCUCAUGGCCUGACGUCGACGUGCUUCGAGCAAACAUCACCGAUGAACGUCACGCCUGCAGCUGGGUAGAAGACUACGGCUUGAAGACGAAUACGUCAUGGGUUGUAGACUUCGUCAAGCCAACAGCAAAGUGUGAAAGGGACACCAUCAAUGCACAAGGUGAGCAACACAACCCAGUGCCUCAAGAUGAAAUGGCUGCUACUACUCCUCCCCAGGAUGAAGAGAUGCCAGACUCUGAAGCUGUUCUUGACACAGAGUCAUGUGCGUCAAUUUCACACCUUGAGCAGCAAGAAAGUGAGGUACGUGCCAGCUUCCACAAUAAAGUAAAUGAAUUGUGUGUGUAAGGUUGAUGCAUCACUGAAAUCUGCAUAGCAAGCUAUACCCAACUGGCUUAGUGGAAAGUAAUUCAGCCCUGUUCGGAACUCAUGGCAUAGAAGGACUGCAUAAACUGAUUUGUACAGAAAUAUACAAUAGCUACUGCUUUGUGCAGGUGUA